AUGUUCCAUACUAAUGGAUUUGGGUCCAUAACCAUGGGUUCCAAUGUACGAGAUCUUGUAGCACUUACCAAUGAGGCCCUAUCGAUUCUAAAUCUUUUUGAAGAAAUUGGAAUUUCUGUCAUUUUUAACUUAUCAGGAACGACUGGUGCAGUUUGCAGUGUGGGAAGCAUUGGGUUGAGACCACUUCGCAUACUAGGGAAUCAAGCGCCGUUCAACCAAAACGAAGCCCAUUACUCUGAGGCAGAAUUCUACACCGAAUGCACAGGUGCUGGAAGCAACCCAUCCAAGGAUUUCGGGACCUAUCUACCUUCAUGGACUGAAAUUCAGGAUCUGAGCAACGAGGAGCUCUUAACCAUUGUUGAUUGA